AUGACAUCAAAACGCCCACUGUUCAUCCCACAUAAGCGCCCCUUACUUCCACCAAUAACACACACAACCUCCAACUCUAAACAAGUAUACAAAGUGCUAAACCCCAGCACAAUACCAGCAACGACACACAUGAAACCACCUCUCGACGACAACCAAGACGAAGAAACAUAUGACUCCACCAUGAACAAACCCGCCCGAAUUGAAUUCUCAUUCGCCUCGUCUCCCCAGCCCUUCCUAGACCCGCCGACCUGGGAAGCGAUGCUAAAGCGAGCCCAGGCUACUGCUGCGUCCGUGUCGGCGGGUGAGAAUGAAAGUGAGCGUGCAUCAAAUAGUACCCGUCGAAGAGGCGAGAACUUGUCAGAGUCUUCGGGGUCGGCUGAAACGCCGGAUCAGCAGCGGAUUAGGAGGGAGAGGGAGGCUGAGUAUGGGUCGAUGGCUAUUCGGGGGAGGUCGAGUGUUAGUGGGAGGGGGAAGCGGACCAGGGCGAGUGGGAGGGGAUACUGGGGUGGUCGAUAUUGA